UUGGUGAGAAUCUUCUCUGUCAGACAGUUUCAUAGGAUGAAGAAAUAGAAUAGCUUCAUAUAUAGAUUUAGAGAGAGAAAGAGAGACCCAUCACUCAUAACAAGCUCCACAAACCGCAAAAUACCCACUUCGAAACCGGUCUCUUUUCUCCUUUGGUAAUCAGGCCUAUCAUUUCCAUUCAAAAUGGUGGAGAGUUCAUCGAUGCUAGUUUCAACAAAUGAGACAAACUCACGUGAGGAGGAGAACCAAAGGAGUUUGACGGAGCUCUCAAACAAUGAAUGUCUACAAGAAGGAGAUGAAAAGCAAGCUGUGUCUAGAAAGUCGCCAAAACUUUCAGAUAAUGUUGAGGUGGGGGAUACGCAGGUGCAUGAUAGGGUUUUUCUUAUCCCUUCCCAGGACCAAGGGAAUGACCAAAGUCAUUCAGCUGUAAUGUCUGAUAACUCAAGUUCGCUUAUUUCCGAACUUGGCCGGGAUAUCUCAAUCAGUUGUCUCCUUCGAUUGUCAAGAUCUGAUUAUGGAUUAAUUGCCUCAUUGAAUCACACUUUUCGAUCUCUCGUUCGAACUGGAGAACUGUAUCAGAUCAGGCAGAAAAUGGGUGUUGUAGAACAUUGGGUUUACUUCUCUUGUGAAAUCCUUGAAUGGGAGUGUUUUGAUCCGAAUCGCAGUCGUUGGAUUCACUUGCCUAGAAUGCCUUUUGAUCAAUGCUUCAUGUGUUCAGAUAAGGAGUCCUUGGCCGUUGGUACGGAACUUCUUGUUUUUGGAAGGGGGCUACUGUCUCAAGUUGUUUACACCUAUAACAUGUUGACAAACACAUGGUCUGAUGGUACAAAAAUGGAUAUUCCUAGAUUCCUGUUUGCAUCUGCUAGCACUGGAGGGAUUGCUAUAGUGGCUGGUGGUUGUGAUCCAUCCGGCAAGAUCUUAAGUGUAGCUGAACUUUAUAACUCAAACACCAAAACGUGGGAGACUCUUCCAAAUAUGAACAAAGCUAGGAAGAUGUGUUCCGCGGUAUUCAUGGAUGGGAAAUUUUAUGUGCUUGGUGGGAUUGGAAAAGACCAAACAAAGCACCUAACAAGUGGUGAGGAGUUUGAUUUAAAGACAAGAAAAUGGCGUGAAAUCCCCAACAUGUUCCCACCAAGAAGUAGCGAAGGUGGAGCGACUGAGAGAAAAGCCAUUAGUGAGGCACCUCCUUUGGUUGCAGUUGUGAAAAAUGUUUUGUAUGCUGCAGAUUAUGGACACUGGGAACUAAGGAGAUAUGUCAAAGAGAGUAACAGAUGGGUCACCCUUGGAAGGCUUCCUAGGGGACCAACCUCUACGAAUGGUUGGGGAUUGGCAUUUCGGGCAUGUGGAGAUCAACUAGUUAUUAUUGGUGGACCUAGUUCUUUGGAUGUAACGCAGAUCGAAAUUUAUUCUUGGAUCCCAGAUGAAUAUGCACCACAGUGGAACCUGCUUGCAAUUAAGGAAUCAAGGGGCUUUGUGUAUAAUUGCGCAGUGAUGGGAUGUUGAAGUGUUUGCUUUUGAUGAAUAAGGCUUUAUGGAUUUUUUCUGAAUGGAAUUAACAAUUCUUUACUUUUCAAGGAGAUAUGUAGCUCAUGGGGGAAAUUCUUUUGGGGGAAAUUUAAGGUCUUAUUUAAAAUCAUUGCUAAAAUUUAGAAGGUUUAUAGAUCAGUUGAUGCGUUUUUUUUUUUUUUUUUUUUCCUUUUGUAGUUGGUCUGAGUCUUUUUCUUUGGAAAGGUUGGCAUCAUGUAGGCACAUGUAUUUGACUUAUUUGAGUUUUUGGUACAUGUUGCACAUUUUCAUUAGUUCA